CAAUAGCAAGGUUGCGUGUCCCUGGCACGCAAUCUCAAAGAAAAAGAAAAAUAAAAAAUGGUGAAUCCUGCUCCUGCGAGCUUCUGUACCCAAGCAAAUGCUCUUCUUCGGAAGAAUCUAAUAUUCCAGAAACGGAACGUGAAAACCAACGUUCGGCUAAUACUGUUCCCGUUGCUCCUUUGCGUUUUGCUUGUUAUCAUUCAACGUUUGAUCGACGCGCAAUUGGACACAUCAGAGUUCAAAUGCGGCUGCGUUUGUGCAAACGACAGAACGAAAGGUGCACAGUGCGACGAUUCCGAGAAGGUUUGUGGGGUCCAGUAUUCCGAUUCAACUCAAGCCGCCACGUGUCCCAUUCCUAACCCACCGGAAUGGCCACCGCUGUUACAACUUCCCGCUCCUCUGAACCGCGCCUUGAGAACCGCUUUUAUUCCCUUUUCAGAUUUGCCCGAUGCGUCGUGCCGGAAAACCGGCUUGUGUCCUCUUACUAUGCUCUUCACCGCAGACAAUCACUCUUUCGCAGAAAGUGUGUCUGCAAAUAUGUUCCCGAGUGCAUUGAGUAUGAAUGAGUCUGGUAGUGAUAUCAUGGGUAGUUUGGCGAUGAAUGUUCUGGGAUCUGAAUCGAGGCCUGGGAGCAACAAUUACUUUGAACCUGCCUUUUCUUCGGGUCUUCCCAUUUAUUAUGUACAAAAUCAGUGCAUGGGGAGUUUUGGACCCUCCUUUUCCUUCCCGGUAGGAGACAUGCAGCUAGAGGUCAGAUGUGCUCAGGGUUUACGUUUAUGGCGUAAUAGUUCUUCUGAGAUCAAUAGUGAGCUGUAUAAAGGUUAUCUAAGAGGUAACACAGAAGGACAAGCCAAUGAGAUAGUUUCAGCUUUUGAUUUUCUAAAUUCAAACAGGAAUGGAUAUAAUGUUAGCAUAUGGUACAACUCAACCUACAAGCGAGACACCAGAUAUGGCCCUAUUGCUUUGACGCGAAUUCCUCGCUCUGUAAAUCUGCUAUCAAAUGCGUACCUGCAGUUUCUGCUUGGACCUGGAACCAAAAUGCUAUUUGAGUUUGUAAAGGAAAUGCCAAAGCCUGAGACUCGAAUUAGGAUUGAGAUAGCUUCUCUUCUAGGUGCUCUCUUCUUUACAUGGGUCAUCCUGCAACUUUUUCCUGUUGUUCUGACAUCACUAGUAUAUGAGAAGCAACAAAAAUUAAGAAUCAUGAUGAAAAUGCACGGUCUAGGUGAUGGGCCAUAUUGGAUGAUUUCAUAUGGUUAUUUUCUUGCCAUAUCAGUGAUCUACAUGUUGUGUUUCGUAAUAUUUGGCUCACUCUUAGGAUUAAAAUUCUUCACAUUGAAUGACUACAGCAUCCAAUUUGUGUUUUAUUUCAUCUAUGUAAACUUACAAAUUGCACUGGCAUUUCUGGCGGCUUCCAUAUUUUCAAAUGUUAAGACUGCUACAGUAACUGCAUAUAUAGGGGUCUUUGGAACUGGGUUAUUAGCUGGAUUUCUUUUCCAAUUCUUUGUUCAAAAUACAUCAUUUCCAAGAGGGUGGAUCAUUGUUAUGGAGUUGUAUCCUGGGUUUGCUUUAUAUCGUGGAUUAUAUGAGUUUGCACAAUUUUCCUUUAAUGGGAGUACUUUGGGGACUAAUGGUAUGCAGUGGCAGGAUCUGAGCAAUAGCACCAAUGGCAUGAAGGAGGUCUUAAUCAUCAUGUUUGCUGAGUGGAUUGUAUUGCUUUUUGCGGCCUUUUACAUUGAUCAAGUAUUGUUAUCAAGAAGCAGAAAAAGUCCUUUUUUCUUCUUGAAACGAUUUCAGAAAAAGCCUCCUUCUUUCCAGAAGCUCAGUAGUGAAAAGCAGGGAUCGAAAGUUUUAUCUCAGAUAGAGAAAUCUGAUAUCAUCCAAGAGAAGGAGAAGGUGAAACAACUGCUACUUGAACCAAACAUUAAUCAGGGUAUUGUAUGUGAUGACCUCAAAAAAGUGUAUCCAGGGAGGGAUGGAAAUCCAGAUAAAUUUGCAGUGAGAGGGUUGUUCCUUUCCGUGCCUCAAGGGGAAUGCUUUGGUAUGCUUGGUCCCAAUGGGGCUGGGAAGACUUCUUUCAUCAGUAUGAUGAUUGGUCUGACAAAGCCAACCUCUGGCGCAGCAUUUGUUCAAGGCCUGGACAUAAGAACUAAUAUGGAUGGAAUAUAUACUUGCAUGGGUGUGUGCCCACAGCAUGACUUGCUGUGGGAAAGUUUGACAGGUAGAGAGCACCUACUUUUUUAUGGCAGACUAAAAAAUCUUAAAGAUUCAGCCCUGACACAAGCAGUAGAAGAAUCUUUGAAGAGUUUAAACCUUUUUCAUGGAGGAGUUGCUGAUAAACAAGCUGGAAAAUACAGUGGAGGGAUGAAGAGGAGGCUUAGUGUUGCAAUUUCAUUGAUUGGGGAUCCCAGAGUUGUUUACAUGGAUGAACCUAGUACCGGGUUAGACCCUGCCUCAAGAAAAAGCUUAUGGACUGUUAUCAAGCGUGCAAAACAGAGCCGGGCAAUCAUUCUCACAACACAUUCCAUGGAAGAAGCAGAGGCCUUAUGUGAUCGAUUAGGAAUAUUUGUAAAUGGUAGCUUGCAGUGCGUAGGAAAUCCAAAGGAGCUGAAAGCAAGAUAUGGAGGAACUUACGUGUUCACAAUGACAUCAUCUUCGGAUCAUGAAAGAGAUGUGGAGAGCCUGGUGCAGCAACUCACCCCAAAUGCCAACAAGAUAUAUCAUCUCUCUGGGACCCAGAAGUUUGAGCUGCCAAAAGAGGAUGUUAGAAUAGCCAAUGUAUUCCAAGCUGUUGACGCUGCAAAGAGAAAAUUCACUAUUUUUGCAUGGGGUUUAGUUGACACCACAUUGGAAGAUGUCUUCAUUAAGGUAGCACGCGAGGCUCGGGCUUUUGACUCCUUGUCAUAAACUCAUAAUUAGCAUACACAA